AUGAUAGAUCUGGACCUGGCGGAGGGCAGCCUGAUCGAUGAGCUGAUGGAGCUCACGGCUCAGAGCAUCAUCCAUCUGGAGAUCCAGGAGAGAUUCAACGUGAUAAAGGAGAUCGGGCGGGGGAAAUACGGCCGCGUGCUGCUGGUCACGCACCGGUUCAGAGGGACCCCCAUGGCCCUGAAGGUGAUGCCCAAAGCCUCCACCCAGCUGCGGGGCUUCCUGCGGGAGUACUGCAUCUCGCUGCACCUGUCCUGCCACCCCUGCAUCGUGGGCCUGUUCGGCAUCGCCUUCCAGUCCCGGGACCACUACUGUUUCGCCCAGGAGCUCGUCAUCGGCAGGGAC